CAAUACGCCGACGAAUUAACAAGGUAAAUGCCGUUGGCCGGUCGAUCUUUCUUUACAGCACGCCGCGCUAAUAUCCUUCUGAGCGAUCGUUAUGUGGAUAGGCGUGCCCCGGCUAGCACCACGAUUAGCACUGCGCCUGGGAAAUUCUGCGGGGCGGCGCGCCCCGUUUCCGGCGGAACGUUUCAAAGCCGUUGCCAAGAUCCCGUUGCAGGGCAGCGGGGGAACGUACCAACUUGCCGGAAUAUCUCCUCAGGUAUGUCAACGCCGCCUGCUUAUUUCCCCGGCCCUGUAGAAGAUUUGGAAGAGAGUCUCGAACCCGCGGUGGUGGAGUGCCUCGAGUUCGUUGUUAAACGUGAGGCUAGCUUGAAUGGGUGCUCAUCCAGGCCAACUGUCAUCGAAACCAUGGAUGAUGACUCGUUUGACAUGGAAGAGAGUAUGAGUGAGUUCGUAAAGGCAAAUAGAUCUGGAAUUGGCGUAUACAAGAAUGCUUCGGGUUGCAUGUGUGAGGACGUGUUCUGCACAGAUCCAGGACUGAACCAGAACCUCAUCAGCAACGAGGGUAGUGCAACAAUUUCGAGGUUCUUCGACCAGGACGAGUGGGAACGACAUCGAAACGUCGGGAGGUACUGGAGGCAUCUUUUUAGCGCUCACAAGAGCACCGUGUUUCUAAGGGUGCUCGAGCCCGUCCUCAUGAUGUCCACAGCAGCAGCACUGGUCGCAGCGUGGAAUACCUUCAUGACCACUGUGUAUGGACUCCCGGCGCUGUGCAUAGUUCCCCUCGCUCACCAGCUGACAGGUGGCGUGGUGUCUCUCAGUCUUGUGUUUCGUACGAACAACGCGAAUAGACGAGUUAUCGACGCCAGACAGCUGUUGAGUAAGCUGAGCAAGUGCACCAGGGACAUGACACGCGUAAGCCAAUACAUCCCAAACGAGGGAGACUGCAGGAUAGAAACAUUACGGCACCUGCGCGCUUUUCCCUACGCGCUUGAGUCUCACGUCAGAAAGGGCCGAACUCGUCAGAAUCCGAAAGAUCCGACCUCAUUUAGGGUUGACCCUAUGCCUUGCAUGGCUAGAGCACUCGGCAAGAGAAGGGCAAGGAGGUUCAUGUUUUAUGAAAACAUCCCAGCACAGGUUCUUAUGGAUAUGACACAGAUACUGCAGCGCGCUCUGAUGAAGGGCAUGAGCACGCAAAUGCAUGCUCAAGCGGAGAUUAUUGUUAAAGAGCUCAGCGCCGUGCUCGCAGAGAGCGAGAAAAUCCUUUAUACUCCCAUCCCGAUCUCGUUUACUCGCCACACUAGCCGCAUACUCACAAUGUGGCUUUUCACUUUACCACUCUCUCUCUGGCUGCCACUAGGUUGGUGCAUGGUCCCCGCAGUAUUUUUAAUAAGUUGGGUAAUGCUUGGCGUUGAUGAGAUAGGCAUUGAGAUUGAGGAACCUUUCUGCAUCCUGCCAGUACGACCACUGUGUGACAUGUGUGACAGAGAGAUCGUUGGAACUAUGGCGCAGGCAUUGCAAGCGCAAGAUUACCAACCGGCAAGGAAGAAAGUGUGAAAGAGGCACGGAAAUACUGGGAAGCGCGAAUCUUCUAGUGCCUGGUACCUGGUGAUGUUUUGCUAUACUUGCAUGACAAGUGUUGCACAGCUGUGAACAUAACGCACUUCUGUGGUACCUUCGAACGAAGGUACGAAGGUUCCUCCGAAGGUGCGACGGUCCCAUCAACGCACCUUUCACAAUGGUCCCUGGCCGUGGUUUCUUUUGAGCGAUGAUAUGCUGAAGCUUAGUAUCAGUGUAGAAAGCCAGAAUCGUAUAGGGGUCAGUGAUAAUACUUGUGCUCGGGCUGUUAAGAUGGAAGUGAACUUGAAACUUGAUCUCGCAGGCUUCGGAAGAUCAAUAAAUAUUUGUAUUACAC